GACGCCCUGUCCUCUGACCCGGGAAGUCCUUCCCUCUCGCCCACACUAACAAUGCCUCCCAGUUGGACUUUGCUUGACGUCCUUCUGACAUAGGAAAGCAUGGGAGGCGCGGGGUCCCUGAGGAUAGCCCCUGCCUCAGGGGCGCACCCGGUGGGCUGCACGGACAUCCUGGUGGGAGCCGGCAAGGAGGGCUGCUUCUUCCGGCUCUUCUACCCCUGCUCGGCUGCCCAGAAGACGCACCCUCCGUGGUGCCCUCGCCCCGAGUACCUGGCCGGGCUGCUCGGUCUCCGCGGAUGGAAGGGCAGAGCUGCCCAGGGCCUAGUCUCCUUUACGAUUGGUAACCCACAAAUUCCAGUAACAUGGAAUGGAAAGUUCUUGCCAGGUACAGACAGGAAACCGCUUGUCAUCUUCUCUCAUGGACUGAGGGCUUUUAGAGCUUUAUAUUCCUCUUUGUGUAUGGAACUGGCAUCCAAUGGUUUUCUGGUUGCCUCCGUUGAACACAGAGAUGGUUCUGCCUGUGCUACGUACCAUUUUUCAGAAGAAGAUGGCAGUACAAACCCUCAGGAGAUCUGGAUCCCAUAUAAAAAUCUGCAACCGGGAAUGAAAGAGUUUUAUCUCCGUAACUAUCAGGUUCAUCAAAGAGCAACUGAAUGUGUCAGAACUGUGCGACUUUUGCAGGAUGUGGAUGCAGGACAACGAGUGUCUAACAUCCUGGACUUCAGCCUGGAUACUUUGAAGGAUAGAAUAGACUUCAACAGAGUAGCUGUUAUGGGACACUCAUUUGGGGGAGCCACUGCCUUGCUUAGUUUGGUAAAGGACAAUAUUUUCCGGUGUGCAGUAGUUUUGGAUCCCUGGAUGUUUCCCCUAGAAGAUACUUGUUAUCGAAAUAUACAGAAACCAAUAUUAUUAAUCAAUACGGAAUCAUUUCAGACAAGAGAAAGUAUAGAGAAAAUAAAGAGGAUGAAUUCCGAGGGAGCUGAUCUGCAGUACAUGACUGUAAACGGUUGUAAACAUCUUAGUCAAAGUGACAUUGUCUUCCUGACUGGUUACCUGGCAAAGAUUCUAGGUCCACAAGGAACAAUGGAUCCAUAUCACUGUCUGAAGAUCCACGUUGCUUCUUCAUUAGAUUUUCUGCGCAAACACUUGGAUCUGCCGAUAUCUGUUCCCGACUUGGAAGAUCUGAGGGAAGUGAUUCAAGCUCAAGUCAUUUAUGGAUUUCCUUUAAUAAAUGACAGCAAAUUAUGAGUUGGACAUAGGAAGAUGGAAGUCUGUCUUUGGGACUGUUGCUAAGUCGACUGUGCCUGGAGCCUGAGAGAAUGGGGCUUUGUUGUGGGAUUCAGAGGCCCUGUAAUAAAUAAAGCACUGUUGAUGAAAGUA